UGCAUGUGACUAAAUAAACUAAGACACAGAAUGAUGUGAUUUGAUACUAAGCAAAGAGUACAGAAUACAUUCACUUAGACAAGGACUGAGAUUUACAAUCACAAAUCUGUGCCAGUUUAUAAGUAACUGUGAGUUUCAACUUCACAAUUCAGACAACUUCCCGCUAUAGGUAGUAUAAAUUAGCGUAUCCGUGUGACACACACCAGCCUGACCUUGAACAAAAGAAGAGCAUGGCAGCAACUCCGAAUCUACCUUAUGAAGUUAAAACUAAAAUUAUUGGAAGAAUACUCCAGGAAGAAUAUGGUAAAAAAGAUCCCAACACUCCAAUAAACUACUUCAUGAUUCUGUUGGGCAGACGGAUAUCGCAAAAGCUAAAAGACUCUGAGCAAGAAUUUGCAGAAAGCCUUGAGAAACUUGGAAUGAACGUUUGGAGGAUAAUCGAUGAUGGCUGGAUGGCACGAAAAUUGCUCUUCAUCAAGUAUGAUGAUCGAUUCAGUGAUGAGCGUCAAAGAGAGUACGCUGUGAAUGUGAAGGUUCUUGAAGACUUGAAGCAAACGUACAAGCGUUUAGUUGAUAACACUGAGGUGUCAGUCAUCACAGACGUUCAUAUCAUCCUCACUCGAGCUUGCUUGUAUUACAAAGAGGAUGGCCAAUCCCAGCAACAAUCAGAUCAACCGGAUCAACCGGAUCAACCAGAUCAAAAGCUACCUCUUAUAACUACCGACGAAAUCGGAUAUAUUCUUAAAAACAAAUACUCAACUCCAGUACAAGUAGCGAUUGACUUCUUCUAUCUCUUCAUUCAAGUGGAAGAGAAUGAAAACCCUAAAAAUGUGCAUGAGACUGCCUCACCAAUCCUGAAAGAUAUGCCAGGAGAGUGGAGAAUUCUCGAUGAAGCGGACUGGCCAGGAGUAUACUUAGGCCAUUACCCCAAGACAUCGGGAUUCAUGACUGAGAGAGAAAGGGAAAUGAGUUUGAACGAAAAAGUCCGAGAGCCUCUCAUUAAGAAAAUGAAACCAAAGAUCAGGAAAAUGCUCAUGGAUGCAAAUGAAGCUGAGUCCGAGGCUAAAGUUCACGUUAUAAUCACACGUGCCUGUGACUAUAACAAAAUUUUUUGUUAGUGUAGUAAACUGAUUCAACGUUUAUAUAUAUAUAUAUAUAUAUAGCUAUAGCAGAGGAGAGCACUGUAUAAUUAUACUAUUAUUAUAACUAACCAUAAUGUCAUACAUGCACAAGAUAUAUAUCUACUUUCACAUGCAACGCUUUUUAGUACACACACGUAUAAUUAUUAAUCAUGCAGAAGUGAAUAA